GACAUAAAUGUGUUCUUUGAAUUCGGUGGAUCUAAGUUGGGGUUGCGAUUUCAAUUUGGGACGAACCCUAGAUUCUUCGUUUCCAUCCCCCACCCAAAUUUCAAUCGGAUUCGAAUUCCGCUAACCCUAAUCUCGAAUUUAGCUGAGGCAGUUUAUCAUGGCGUCGAAGAAGAAGCACUCUGAAGGAAUCGCUUUACUCUCCGUUUACAGUGACGAGGAUGACGAAGAGAUGGAAGACGCCGAGGAAGAGGAAGAAGCCGAACGAGCUAAAGAGGCUCAGCAAGAAGAAGCUAACAUCAUGGACGAGGAGAAAAAAAGAGGAGAAGAAGAUUCUGGAACGCCUAAGGUGGUGGUCAUCGAUGGUGGAGCUUCCAGCGCUCACGCGACGCCUCGUUCUCUCGACAACGACGAACCCGAUUGGAGUAGUCCAAUGAAUCUCGAGUCUGAGAGAGCACUAGAUGAUACCUCCGGGGAAAGUAACGAUACGUUGUUGGAUCAGUUCCUUCCUCCACGACCCAAAGACAAGUGCUCCGAGGACCUCCAAAGGAAAAUAGAUAAGUUUCUGAGCUUGAAGAAGAUGGGGAAGAGCUUCAAUAACGAAGUGCGUAAUAGAAAGGAGUAUAGGAAUCCUGACUUCUUGUUGCAUGCUGUCAGUUAUCAAGAUAUUGAUCAGACUGGUUCUUGCUUCAGUAAAGACGUUUUUGAUCCUAAUGGUUAUGAUCCGAGUGACUUCUGUGAUGCAAUAGAACUUGACAUGAAGCAUGAGAGGGAAAGGAAGGAACAGGAAAGCAAGAAGAACCAAAGGCUUGACUUUGUUUCUGUUGGUACUCAACCUGGGGCGGUAUUCGCUGCUCAAAAGCCUAACAUCCCCAUCCCAGGUGUUCUAGCUUUAGCUACUACUGGAUUGCCCUCCGUACCAACUGAUAUCGCUGCUCGUGAUGGUAGACCGAACAAGAAAUCCAAAUGGGAUAAGGUUGAUGGGGAUGUGAAGAAUCCACCUCUAGCAGCUGGGACUAAUGCAGCUCCUGUAUCUAGUGCAAGUGCUGGUUCUGGAUACUCAGCUUUUGCGCAACAACGGAGGCGAGAGGUGGAAGGAAGAAAAUCUUCAGAGAGGAAACUGGAGAGAAGAAGUUGAGACAAUAGUAAGAGAUUCUAAAGAGGUUCUUGUGCAACAUCUUUCAAUGUUUUAUAGUGAUCACAAACCUAGAAUCAAUGAUAUACAAUGUCUUUAUUCUAUUUUGUACUAACGAAACAUCAAAAUUGUCAGAAGAGUAAUGUUUUACGUUGCAAGAAUCAAAAUUUACACA